AUGUCAUCUCUUCUUUGGUCGGUCAUCACCGUGAAGCAGACCUUUAAAGUGACGGUGCAGCUGUGGCUAUUUGGCUCCCUGACGGUGAAGCCCCUCUGCUUGCGCGGCCAGUGGAGGAUCUACGAAGUUGCAGCUGAACUGGUUCCAGUGCGGAAACUCCUAUUAGAGAAGCUCACAACCAAAGGAGAUCAGCAAGCCUUGAAUGGAAUUCCACCUCAGGGCGAGGAUCCUGGAAAUGAUGACCUGGUUGGCAUGGUUCUUGAUAGCAGCAUGGUGCAAAGGAAGGAGAUCCUAGCCCGGCAUCGAGCCUUGAAGCAGAAUGCAGCUCAACCUCCUGCUCAACCUCAGCCUCAAGACUAUCAGGUUCAGUGCAAGAAGGAGGACUUUUUGUGUAGAC